GUUCUGUUUCUCUCACUAAAAUGCUGAAGAAGGUGUUUCUCUCACAAAAGUGGGCUCUCCUCUCUCUCCUCCUUUUAACUCAGCUUUUAAACACGAGAAGAGCUGAGUUCACGGCCGUGAACCAUUAAACGCGUCCGUGAACUCAAGCCGCGCGCCAAAACGCUCCGCAUCGCUCACCUCAGUUCACGAGCAACUGCUUGUGUUCACGGUCUUAGUGACCGUGAACUCACCUUGCG